ACUCCUACUAUAAAACGAACCAACGCAGGCCUAGGGUUUCCUUCCUCAUCCAAGUGUACUCCUCGCGCCGCCGCCGCCGCAGUUCGCUUCGCGUGACCGAGAGCUCGUCGGCCCCCGUCCACGCGAGAAGCGAGAGUGCAGCAUGGACACCCAGGUGAAGCUUGCUGUUGUGGUGAAGGUGAUGGGCAGGACUGGCUCCAGGGGUCAGGUGACCCAGGUCAGAGUGAAGUUCUUGGAUGACCAGAACCGUCUCAUCAUGAGGAACGUCAAGGGCCCAGUUCGUGAGGGUGACAUCCUCACCCUUCUUGAGUCCGAGAGGGAGGCCAGGAGGCUGCGCUGAAGCCCUGGUGGUCUUAGUGGUUCUUGUAUGGUUUCUUGGAUGUCGUCGAAUUUGUGCUAUGUUUGUUGAACUCGUGUGACCCUUGCAACACCUGCCUUAAGAGUAGUAAGCCUGAUAAGAUUGCGGUUUUGUUUAAUGAUCCUUGUCGAAAGUGCACUUAUGCUGAGACAUGGUUAUGCUUUGGUAUAUUAGCUCAAUCUAUGCAUGCAUUGAAUACUAGCUGAAUCUCAAGGUUUUGUUCUGUGGUUUGGUCGUCAA